AUGCCUUCCACUCAUCAAAGCACAAGCACCCUCAAGCUGGGGGCACUUGCCACUUGGAAGAAUGAUGUGGCCGACGCGAUACCUGCAGCCAGUAUUUUUGCAUACCCGAUAGAGCCGCUGUCUUAUGUUCCCGCUUCUAGUUUACUCGACGUGGGUCACAUAGAUUUCGGUAAAUCCGCGCCUUACUUCCAAUCACGUUAA